AUGUCCAUAAAAGAACAUUUGCCAAUAUCAACAUUUACAGAUAAUCGUGGCGAGUCGAUUCAAAAUGGUGUUAAUGAGUCAGAUGGAUCUAAUUUAAAUUUUGAAGUCGAGUCUAUCAUUGACCACUGUGUUAGAUCGAAUGAUGGUGUCGAAUAUUUGCUCAAAUGGAAAGGUUUUAGUGAAAACGAAAAUAGUUGGGUUAGCGAAGAAGACAUGAACGCACCAGUUUUGACCAGAAUGUAUUGGUCAAAUAAGGAUAUCUCUAAAAUAAGAGGAAGUCCUAAUAGAGAUUGUCAAUCCCAAGAAUCCGGUUCAGGUGUGACCCGUACCAUUCAAGAAGCCAACGGUUCGAAUGUUAAAGAUGAUGACAUUCACAUGAUCAAUGGCGACGAUACUGAUGAAAGUUGUGAAAUUAACAUUAAUGAAAUUCCUAAAUGGUUGAAAAUUAUUGAUGAAGACUGUGAAAAUACAAAUUAUUAUUUUAAACCAAAUGAUCACGGUAGUUGGGAAAAUCAUGCUACUAUUUUGAAUAUUGUACGUGAAACUGAUGCUGGUGAUAAUUAUGUUCAUAUAAAAUGGCCUGAUGGAACUGACGGCUAUUUUAUUACAAGCGAAGUAUACCAAAAAUGUCCUUUGAAG